CGCCUGUGUUGUGCCUGUGGUGUCGUUCGUGCGCGUUCAAGUUGGCAGUUUUCUGAGCCAAGUUAAAAUUCCACGUAUGUAAUUGGAUUGUAAUUGUAAUUCCAUGAUACCGAAGAAAAGCAGGGUAGAACGUUGGUGAUGACUCGCGCUAUGCGGACACCACUAUCACCGACACAUCAAACCGGAACAGAUCCCCGCUGACUGAGGACUUUACAAGCUCUUACAAGCCCUUAGGUUGAACGUCACUGCGUUUGUUCUGGUUCAGUGCAGCGAACGAGUUGUCGGAAUAACGUCAGCGAUCCGUAACAGUUUUUGCCGAACGACGCGCGGUCAUGGGUAAACGGCCGCGCUCUGCGAUCGCCUCAACGCUGCCCAUCGCGCAUGCGCGGGUGCCAAAGAUGGCUGCCCACUUGGCAGCGGUGACCGCUGACGGUGGAAUACCACUUUUUACACGGAAAUUGGGCGAUGUGAAACAGCUCCCAUUUGCAGCAGUUGGGACACUAAAUGGCGUUCACCUGUUUUCCCGUCUCAGAGGAGCCACACUGCAGAGCACCAUCACGAACGGGGCCAAGGCCUUAUGGCGAACCUACCAUGACAGUGUGGUGUUACUGGUGCUGACAUGCUACGACGGUGCCAGCGACGACCACCUUGAACGGCUGCUGAACAAUGUCUUCGGUGCCAUGGUCAUGGUUGUCGGCUUGGAUGCCUUGAAAAGUAUUUGCAAUCCUGACAGGCUCAAACGAGAUCUAAGGGGGUGCUAUUGCAUCGUAGACCGCAUUCUUACUCAGCUGGAUCAGGAUGCCUGCACAGUGGGUGACCUCACUGGGACUGUGGAUACCUUCUUGUGUACAGAGAGCCAAAUAUUACAGGGCCGUUUAGAUGCGUUCACUUCGGAAAUGGACACCUUGUAUGGGUGUCUAUUGGUACGAGGCAAAGUGGCUGUUGCCACGAAGCAGUGGUGCCAUCUGACGUGGCAAGAGAUAUCUCUUAUAUCAACUCUGGUCAACUCGAGCACGAAGUGCACCUCACGGGACGUUGCCAUUUAUCUUCCUUCAAGUUGUCCCACAGUGUGCAACAGGCUAGUAACACUGCAGCUGACUCAGGCCGUGGAGCUGUGCCUGCUGUGCGGACCAGCUCCAUCUUUAACCGUGCUUGAAGAGGAGGUGUAUAACUAUUGGGCUGACUUACAAGAUGCGCUAAAGUCGGCAUCAAAUCUUCAUCCACGAAAUUUCCCUUUGGGCAAGACGUUUAAUAAGAAGAUGGUUGCAUUUCCACAAUUGGACUCAAAUGUUCUUGGGUUUACACUGAUCAACGCAAAGCAGCGCAGGAGCCUGACCAGCGUUCAUCCCUUAGAGGAAGAGUCAACGAGGAGGACAAAAGAUGGCAAGUGUGUAAGCCUUAGAAGAAGACAGGAAAUCAUAAGGUCGCUGUACAGAAUUGUUGUGGGAACGUUUUUCCCCUCAUCGGACGAGCUCAAAGGUGCACAUAGGGCAACGGAGGUUUAUCUCUGCACGGAAGUACACAAGAGCUAUGUGAUACGCACAAAAGAGCACCAGCUAUUCCUACUCUUCUCUACUAGCAUACCUACAUUUGCCAUGAGGUUUGUUGCCUACAAGACCCUGAAAAGUCUGACGCAGAACAAAGUCUGCACGUUAUAACCAGUACAGAGUCACCCUUCUAGUCUGUGAUACCACUACCUCCUCAUGUUCAGCGCCAUCAUGGAAUAUCAUCAUGUUCAUUGUGUUCAAAUCAGGGUACACGUGCGUUUCUACUGCUACACUUGCGCCUCAGAGACAAUCAUCCGAAAAAUAUUAUCUCCGGGAUAUUGCCGGGUACAAAGCCUCGAUCAUUGUGACAGCAGAGGACAGGAAACACAACCAUUGACGCACGUGAUAAGCAGUAUAUGUACAAUUUUAUGCCCAAAUUAUAUGAUGAAAAACUUC